AUGGCUUCGCGAGGCGUUUCUGUCCUCAAGUUCGUGGGAACCGUCUCCCUCGGUCUCCUGACGGGCCUGUCUUACACACUCUCAACCCUCACCGUGCCGACCUUGCUCACCCUCCCCUCCGCAAGCACCGCCGCGAAGGCCUUCUACACCCUCGCUUCUACCGCGAAGACUCAGCUACGCGCUCUGGCCGGCGUCUCCAGCAGUGCCUUCCUGCUCGCCUUCCUGCUCUCCCCGCGCUCCUACCGCCAUCCGUACCUCAUCUACACCUCCUUCCUCGUGCUCACCUCCCGCCUCGCCGUCGCCGACUUUGUCGCUCCCUACCUAUUCCAGUCCCCGCCAGCCUCCGCCGGUAAGCAGCCAUCAGCCGCCGCCAAGCAGCGGAGAGAGCAGCGCGCCCGUGCCCGCAUGGAGAUGAGCUACGACGUCAUCGGAUCCGAGGCGCACAGCGACGCCACCGACUCGGCGAGCGACAGGGACCUGGCCGAGACCGAGGAGGAGCACCAGCUGAACGGCGAGGACGUCCGCGGCGAGGUCGAGGUGUUCCUCAAGAAGCAGAUAACGUCCACCGCUCUGGCAGGCCUCGGUUUCCUGAUGGCUGUCGUCGGCAUAUGGGGCGACGGUGUGGCAAGCUACCUGAGCGAGACUGUCGUCAUCGAGGUCUAA